AAACAAGCUCGCUACCACCUAUGACCAGUGGUCUUGCCAAAUUUUGCUUGAUGACGUCUAACCAUCGUACCCAUUUGCAAUGAUUUCAUGGUUCACGGACGCUCUACUCUGGGAAGCCUUAUCGCCAGUCGACUAUUCCGAAAAAACUUUGGCAGGUUCCGGGAAUGAGAUGUGCGCACAAGCUUUGGCUAGUCUCACAACCGACGAAAGAGCGGUUAACAAGUGGUCACACGAACUGCCGCGUGAGGGCUGCAAUCUGCAAUCUGAAGUCUCUCUCAACUGUCAAGGUCAUCUAUCUACGAAUCGUACCAGCUUCAUGUACUCCGCCGCCUACAUGAUAUCAACCAAAAUGGGCGAAGGGCUGUUUGUCGCAGAAACUCACGAUUUGAUUGUUCAUUCCCAGUACGUUCCGAGCUUUGAGGCAUUCAAUUUUUACUUUGAUGCUCAGAGUACUGUAGGUAUGCCAUACUGGAGUGUUUGGUGGGAAGCAAGGAACUUGUGGCUUCUCCCUUCUUGUUUGCGGGUGCGCUCAAUGUCACGCAGUGUCACACCCAUUGUCACGCCCUCUUGGAGCUGCAUUUUACUGUAGCUCUCUAGAGUACGGUCAUGGCCAAUAAUAGGAUAAAGCAAGACCUGAGAAGCGCUCUGUGAUUAUCUACCGGUAACCUUUUGAUAAACCAAGAAGCAAAGCAACAAGCAAGAAAUCCCAACAUGUUCAUAUCGCUCUAGCAGAAUAAGGUAAUUUGACAUCGAACCCACGAAGAAAGACCGAAGACAACAAGACAACGGCCAAGUGGAAGCAAAUGCAGCAGACAAAAAGUUGAUAUCGGCUCCUUCCCUAUGCUGCCGGUGCCUGGUACCGUAGCCCCGGCUCUAGCGCUUGCUACUACAUGUAUACUUCACUUCUAUCUACUAGCUAGUCUUCAGUCAUGACAAGUUUGCCCAAUGAAGUGUACGAACGAAUCAAAUCCAAAUUGCAUCCAAGCCCACCAGAUUCGUGGCAACCAUUAACUCGAGCUUCUCUUGGGGGGAUCCAAAUCCUAAAUCUGACUGAAGCGUGCUACGAAGUGGAUCCAGACUUUCCCUUCCACCCAGAUUCUCAUCCCAAUCUUCCUCUGAAGGAUGGGCGACUAUCCUUGAUGCGCUUUGGGAUCUGUUUGGUACGAUUGCCAACUGGUACGAAUGUUCUGCUGGAUGCAGGAGUUGGGCCGUGGAUUGAGGAGGUCGAAAAGUGCUCAGGUCACCCAGUUCCUGAAAAACCUCCACAUGCUUUGGACAAGAUACUACAGGAGGAACUGGGAUUAUCGUUGGAAGAUAUCCACUUUGUCGUCCAUUCUCACUGCCACGGAGACCAUGUUGGGUGGGUUGGAUCCUUUCCGAACGCCGUUCAUGUUUUGCAUAGCAAAGAAUACGAGUUUGCGACCUAUUCGGGGUGUCCAUGGAAACAAGAUGCAGUUGACAGAUUUGAGCCUUUGAAAGAACAGGGUAGGCUGCGGCUGUUGGACGGUGACGACGACAACAAUAUUCCCAUUGACGAGGAAAAAUGUCCUCAGCUAACAGCAGUUCUGUGUGCUGGUCACACCCCUGGUCACAUUGCUGUAAGGAUUGAAGGCAAAACUGCAGAGGAUGAAGACAUGCCACCACAAGUUGCCUUUUACAUUGGUGAUGCGAUGCAUUUUGCUCAUCAAGUCUUAGAUCCAGACCUGGUGCCUCUCUUUGAUUGUUGUGCUUGGAAAAGCCGCCCCUUCCUUCCAAUGUCGAAUGUGGAAACAACAUGGAUGCCAGCUCUGAGAAACAACUCAAAAUGGCAUGCCACAACUAGUUGUGAAGCGAGGAGAAAACUAUUGAAACGGAUAGCUGCGGAAGAUGCCCUGUUGAUAUCUCCACAUUUUUCUCCGCCUGGUAUGGGGACUGUGGAGGAUGCAGGCGGGCAAUUCACUUACAUGGCAGCUGCGAUUGAAUGAUGAACGCUGCUUUUUGUGGAGCGCAUAGAAGCUAACAACAAUAGAAGUAUCCCAAUAAGUUCGC